AUGGCUCAUUAUGCAUGUUGUAAUAAACAGAAGAUAAAAAGAGGGUUGUGGUCACCAGAUGAGGAUGAGAAGCUUAUCAGUUAUAUUACUACACAUGGAAGCCAUGGUUGUUGGAGCUCAGUUCCUAAACUUGCUGGGUUACAAAGAUGUGGAAAGAGUUGUAGACUAAGAUGGAUUAAUUAUCUAAAACCAGGUGUAAAACGAGGAAACUUUACUUCCCAAGAAGCCAUGCUCAUAAUUGAUCUACACAGAACCUUGGGAAAUAAAUGGGCACAGAUAGCGAAACAUUUACCAGGAAGAACAGAUAGUGCAAUCAAAAACUUUUGGAACUCCAACAAGAAAAAGAAGCUUCUUCAUCAUGGCAACUCCUCUGGUCAUACUAUUAUUGCUGCUAACCUUAAAAAUAACAAAAUUCAGGUUCCUGGAAGCAAUGAGCAAGAUCAAGAGGGUUUGUGUAGUUCAAACGUUAAUAGGAACAUUCCAUUGAUCAAACAUCAUCAAGAAGAUGAAAUUGAAAUGCAACUUGAUGAGCUUCCUCCGUUUCCACCAUCAUUCAUGGAUGAUUCAUAUACUGUUCUUGAUGAUCACCAACCAGAGGAUUUUGACUCGAUUCUUGAUCAAAAUUGGGAGACAACUCAUAUUCCUUUGCUCUGACUUCUGAGAGAGUCCAUUAUAAACAUAAUAUGAAACAUGCAUGACACAAGGUUCACUUGAUGACGAGUCUUCUCCUAAGAAACGAAAUGCCAUCAGAGAUGUUGGAAACCAGAUUUAAUAGACGAGUGGGAUA